UAUAUUCCACUCAUUCCUCAAACUUCCACCCCCUCUUCCCUAAAGUGAAGUCCGAGCACACGAUCCCAUGAUGACAGAAACCACCGCCAUCAUGGCUGCACUCUCCACUCUUUCUCCUCCCCACCUCUCAGAUCUCACCCUCUCGAUACUCUCAGAUAUCCGCCACCACCACCACCGCCUCUCAGCCAUCCUUUCCUCCCCGAUCCUCUUCUCCCUCACCCUCCACCACCUCCACUCCCUCUCCCUCCCACACAAGACUCUCCUUAUUGCCCGCCACCUCCUCUCCGCCCUCCGCCAUCUCACGCGCCACUUCCACCCCAAACAACCGCCACCUCCUCUACCUUCAACCGCCGUCAAACAACGAGACCUCGAUGCAGUUUUACUCCUCCUCCUACUCUGCGAAAUCCGACAACACAACCCAGAAGCUCUGGAAACAUCUCCCACCAAAUGGCGCGAAACUCUGAGCGAGCUCUGGUGUGACGCCAUGCUGACGCUCUCUGGCAUUGGGUUCUGUAGUGGGUCGGUCUUGAUUCCGUACAUUGAAACGGCGGUGAGGUGCUGGAAGUUUGUCAGCGAAAUGAGUUACUGUGGCGGCGAUGGCGGCGGGAAGGUGGCGGCCUCCCCGGCGGCGGUGGUGUCACUGCCGUCGGUGGAGGUGAGAGGGCGCGGAGUGGAGUGUGUGAUAUGUAAGGAGGAGAUGAGAGAAGGGAGGGACGUGUGUGAGUUGCCAUGCGAGCACUUGUUUCAUUGGAUGUGCAUUUUGCCGUGGCUGAGGAAGAGGAACACGUGUCCCUGCUGCAGGUUUCCGCUACCCACAGACGAUAUCUACGGAGAGAUCCAACGGCUGUGGGAGGUUCUGGUCAAGAUGGGCUGUACCUGAUAGUAUGAUCAUUCACCAAGACGUAGCUGCUAUUGCACCGCACGUGUCAUAAUCGUAUGGGUGAUUGCGAUAGACGGGAGAGAUGGGCCCACAAUGGAUGAUGAAGAUGGAUGGAUCGUAGAGGAUCGCUUGUUUAUUGACAAGACACGUGUGGUUAAUGCUAGCGGCAUAUAUGGUGCGUUAUUUGUAGCUAUAUAAAUGGAGGAUACACAGAUAUUUAUAACUUACAUUAUUACAUAGAAUAAAAACAGAUAAUUAUAGGUCGGUGGACAUUGUAACACAAUUCAUUCUAGUCCUUUUCUAUGUACAGCACAACUUGGCAGUCGAUUUGCAUUGA